AUGUUUCCCUCGCAGGCCAUUAACUUUAACAUCGAGGCCCUUAGCGGCAUUUGCGGGUCAAUUUCUAUUGCCUGCUGGGUUGUCGUUUUCUCGCCUCAAAUCAUCGAGAACUUCAGGCGUGGCUCUGCCGAUGGCCUCUCUCUUAUUUUCCUCAUUAUCUGGUUGGCUGGCGAUGUGUUCAACAUCCUCGGUGCCGUCCUACAAGGCGUGCUCCCUACCAUGAUCAUCCUUGCAGUGUACUACACUUUGGCAGAUAUUGUUCUACUGGGACAGUGCUUUUACUAUCGGGGGUUUAAUCUCAAGGAAGAACUUUCUCCCUCGGCCACGCCGGACCUUUUUGCAACCAACGGUACUUCCGAUGCGGAGCGCAAUGGCGCCGAAUAUCAAGCAGAACCUACAGAGACAUCAUCGCUCAUCCCGAAGCCCAGUGACCAGGCCCUAAAUGUAACUGGACAGUUACCCCAAGACCGCACACGCCCACUGUCUGCUGGAAGACGGCACUCGGUAACCUCUUACCAUGAUUAUUUCCACUCGUCGGUAGACGGCACCCAUCUAUCACCCGCAACGCCCUUCAUCGAACCAACAACCGAUGCUGCGCGCCGCCGUGCUCAACGCGCCCGUCGCCGCCGCAUCUCCGCCAUUCAAUCAAUUCUUUUCAACCUCACCGCCGUCGCUCUAGUCUGUGCCGCAGGUGUGCUGGGCUGGUUUGUCAGCCCUGCAGCAAAGUCAUCAUCACCGGACCCGGAGCCUCUCGCAAUGGAUGUUCUGGGUCAAGUAUUCGGCUAUUUCUGUGCAGCUUUGUAUCUUGGGUCACGCUUGCCCCAGCUUCUCUUGAACUACCGCCGCAAAUCCACGGAUGGUGUUUCUCUCCUGUUCUUCCUCUUUGCUUGCAUUGGGAACUUGACUUACGUGCUCUCUAUCUUGGCAUACUCGCCUAUUUGCCAUGGUGGGUCCUCUGAGGAGAUCAUGGGGCACCGUCACCGUGCGCAAUGUCGUCCUGGUGAGGCAGCUGCUCUGUAUGGGCGGUAUGUAUUGGUGAACUUGUCGUGGUUGGUCGGCAGUGCUGGCACACUGCUGCUGGAUAUGGCGAUCUUUACACAAUUUUUCCUAUACCGUGAUGACAAGGUUGAUGAGGAAGAGUAA